ACAAUACUCUCUCUCUCUCUCUUUGUGCAUAUAAUUUUCGUCUUUUCUUUCUUCUUUUUCUUGCCAUUUGUAUGGUUUCCUAAUUUUCUUUUUUCUUAAUUAAUUCGGACUGGGAGAAAGAAGAAAGGGGAUUCUCCGAACCGUCCAUCCCCCACAAGCAACGGCUUAGAUCUCCUUGUCCAAACAGCAUUCAAAAUCUUCAUCUGCCAUCUACUACUGUUACUUCACUUGCCUGGCAUCAAUUUCACGUUAAGAUUCUUGAUUAUUAACGAGAUUUUUCGACAUUUUAGAACGAAGAACAAUUGUAAAGAACAUGUUUGGGUAGGGCUCCAGGUUCUGUAAAAAUGCCGGUUUCAACAAGGUCUCAGACCAUCAACAGGCAAUCACAGACUGACCGGAAACCUAGAACCAAGCAGGGAAAUCGAGAAUACGAACCAGUACCUUUCACGGCGACUAUGAGGAACCCGCACCAUGGAUUGAAAGAGAAGAUGAAAGCAUUGACCCUCUUGUAUGAGCAGCAAAAGAAAGCAUCUAUCGCACUCAAGAACCAAUCUCUGAAUUCGGAGGAGCCAAGAGUCAGUGCCCGCCCGAGCGUGGAUCUCCUCGGCUCGGCCAAAAACGACGGAAAAUUGGAUUGCACAGAAUCUAACAGACCGUUCGGUAAUGUGAUGAGGGAGAAUGCUGAGCCUCGUCCCAUACACCGGCAACUGCAGCUCGACGAGGGCAAGGAAAAUGUGGCUGCUAUUGUCGGCCGUGGAGAAAUGAUCGGGGGAAUUUCUUUUACCAGGAAGCUCUCACUUGGCAACUCAAUGCUUCCUCCAAAUCCAGUGCCCACCAGAGGAGGGAUUAAUCAAGAUAAUAAUGUUCAAGAAUUAGAGAGAUUGUCAGAUAAGAUGAGCCAUGGCUGUGGUGGAGGGACCAGCAGGAUUCUUGUAUUUGUGAGGCUAAGGCCAAUGGCUAAGAAGGAAAAGGAUGCUGGAGCUAGAAGCUGUGUGAGGAUCGUUGAUGGGAGAGAUGUUUAUCUCACUGAAUUUUCUACGGAGAAUGACUAUCUCAGGCUAAAAAGACUCCGAGGGCGGCAUUUCACUUUUGAUGCCUCAUUCCCAGAAUCUGCUACUCAACAACAAGUCUAUUCCACAACAACAGCAGAGCUUGUUGAAGCAGUUCUGCAAGGUAGGAAUGGGUCAGUCUUCUGCUAUGGGGCAACUGGAGCAGGAAAGACACACACAAUGCUUGGUACAACUGCAAAUCCUGGUGUCAUGGUCUUGGCCAUCAAGGACCUGUUUGCCAAGAUUAGGCAAAUGAGUUUUGAUGGAAAUCAUGUAGUUCAUCUUUCCUAUCUGGAAGUCUACAACGAAACAGUCCGAGACUUACUUUCCCCUGGAAGGCCUUUGCUCCUCAGGGAAGACAAACAGGGAAUCGUGGCUGCAGGCCUUACUCAAUAUAGGGCAUAUUCCACAGAUGAAGUAAUGGCAUUGCUUCAACAGGGAAACCACAACAGAACCACAGAGCCCACUCGUGCUAAUGAAACAUCAUCACGUUCUCAUGCCAUUCUGCAGGUUAUGGUUGAGUAUCGUGCCAAGGAUGGUUCAGAUAAUGUUGUGAGCCGUGUUGGAAAGCUAUCUCUGGUAGAUCUUGCUGGGUCAGAAAGAGCGCUUGCCACGGAUCAGAGAACACUGAGAUCCUUGGAAGGAGCCAACAUAAACCGGUCACUCCUAGCACUCAGCAGCUGCAUCAAUGCACUUGUCGAAGGCAAAAAGCACAUCCCAUACCGAAACUCUAAGCUUACUCAACUGCUUAAGGAUUCCCUUGGGGGGGCUUGCAAUACUGUUAUGAUCGCCAACAUCAGCCCGAGCAACCUUGUUUUCGGUGAAACCCAAAACACACUUCAUUGGGCUGAUCGAGCUAAAGAGAUCCGAACAAAGGCUUAUGAUACACAUGAGGAAGUGCAAAUUCCGGACACGGAAACUGAUCAGGCCAAGCUAUUACUUGAGUUGCAAAAAGAGAAUCGUGAAUUGCGUACACACUUGGCUCGCCAGCAGCAAAAACUGCUAACCAUUCAAUCUCAAAAUUUGGCAGCAAAUGCAUCUCCUGUUCCUUCUACGGUUUCCUCUCACCUAUUGUCCCCUGCACCAACCCCACCUGCUUGGCCAUGUGAGAAAAGAAAUAGUAGACCCUCUUUCUUAGGUGGUAAUUGCUUCACCCCAGAUUCAAAAAAAAAGGCAGCAGAUGAGACAGUUAAGGAGCUGAGAAAAACAGUAAAGACACUUGAGGCAGAAAUCGAGAGAAUGAAGAAGGAUCAUGCAUCUAAAAUUAAGCAGAAGGAUAGUGUUAUUCAUGAGCUUUCACGUAAGACUACAAAACCAGUAGGUGGGGGAGAUGUUGUGAAGAGGGUGAUCACAAGGGCCAGCUUGAGGCCAAAGAAGCCAAACGAAGAUGAGUUGAAGAGUCCACGUCAUCGUUUUGUAUCUCCAGCCCCCACUUCUAAAAAGCGUAGCUUUUGGGAUACAACUACUGCAAAUAGCCCAUCACCAUUUAAUGGGAGAAAGACCAGAAGCCAUGUUAUAGCAGCUCCAUCCAAGCUUCUCCAGCCAGGAUUCGCAGGAUGGACAAGGCCUGAAAUUGUAAAGCUGUAGAGAGUGUAGAGCAAAGAUUAGCAGAAAUGUCGGGCCAACAGGUACACAUCAUCAGUCCAAACGAGUCAGAAGUUUUUUGGUGCUAAUUUUCGUCACGCUGAAAGAAGUUGAAUUCGUCGUUAUUCAUGUUGAUGGACUGCGGUCAAAUGAUAUAGUUUAUCUUCUCCAGCAAGGAAGCAAACCUUCCGCAAAGUAGUGACACAUCCAUGUUAAUAUAGUAUACUCUUUCUUGCCAAAACACAAGGUUCCCUGCAGAAUCCAUUAACAACCUGAUUAUAUCUUAACAUGAAAUGACAUGUCCCCCGAUUGUUAGGGUCUGUUUCGUCCUCUUAGGUCUUUGUUACUUGAAACUCGCAUCGUGUUUUUUUGUUGUAUAUCUUAGGCAUUGUUUCAGAGUAAUUCCAUCUGCUCUGCAUUGUUUAUAUAUGAAUGCUCAAUCAGGCAUGCCUGACCCUUAUUAUUAUGGUGUUGCUUGUUGUCAUUUUUUGGGUUCUACAAGCAAAGUUUAAUGACAAUAAUCUAGUAAAUCUCGUGUUCAAA